AUGCGGCAGACAAGUUUUUCUUCGCUGAAAUUUUACAACAUCUUUUGCGCUUCAGAUUAUUUCUCCACUUUGAUCAGCUCCCAUCACCUCGCCCGUCCGAACGUCAUCCCUCCUCGCAGUCGCUGCAAAGAUUGCGCUGAGGAGUUAGAAUUGCUCCUACGGCCACCUCCCCGAGCCACAAAGUCCCCGUCUCUUGCAUCCACAUCCGUCUUCCAAAUGUCGAUGCUAACAUUUGUCUCCCCAUGUGUCCCUCGUCAUUCCCUCUGUCGGAACCGCAACAGUCUCCGCUCCGUCCACCCACGACGCCGUCGCGUUUGGCGAGCCGCUCUGUCCUCUGACUUUUACGAAAUCCUGGGCAUCGAUCGCAACGCAAACAACUCGACCAUCAAGCGCGCCUAUCGUCGUGCCGCCCUCAAAAACCAUCCCGACGUGAGCAAGGCCCCCGAUGCGAAAGAACGUUUCAUGCGCGUGCAAGAAGCCUAUUCCGUCCUUUCCGACUCCUCAACGCGAGCAUCCUACGAUCGACGUUCGCAAUCUGGCUACUCGUCCUCGUCAAGCUCGGCAUGGCCAGGGGGCUCUGCGGGCCCCAAUUUUGACCCGACCGAGUUUGCAAAGAAAUGGAGGGAGCAAAACCCCAUGCCGAAGGACCUAAACGACAGCUUCGGAAGCAUUUUUAGCGAUUUGUUCUCUGGGGUUGCUGGGGCGGCAUCAGGAGCGACCCGCCCAGGGAUCAUGGACGAUUUUGUUGACUUUUUGGAGAAUCAGGUCGAUGGCUUUGGCGUCGAUUCGUCGGGGUAUGCGUCGGACGACGAGGAUGAUGGUCUGAGCGAUAUUUUGAAGAGUUCGGAUGUCGAUGUGCUGCAGGCAGAGAUAGACGAUGCGCACUUCGUGUUGCAGCAACUCGAAACAAGGCAGAGCAAACUGGAUGAGGAAGCUGCUUCUCUGCAGAAGCGAGCCGAUGAAUGGCGUGUUCGUGCCAACAGAGCAGAGGGGUCUAUGGAUUACACCACUAGGGAUACAGCUAAGGAGCGUGCCAGUGACCUGAAAGCGGAAGCGAAACGAUUCAGCAGUAGGUCUCGCAAGACACUGAGUCACAUAAAAAAGCAACGCGAUCGACUCAAGAAGAUUGAAAAACGGCUCGAGAAAGUAAACAGCCAAAAGAAGAGAGAGGAACCAAGUAAACCGCGGGCGUCUGUAGACACCCAAGAGACUCAAAGAGACGCAAUUGACGACGAGUUACUAUCGUCUAUUCCCGAUUCCCGUGCAGAGGGAGAGGAUAUACAAUCGAGGUACGUGUGA